AUGUUUUCCCUGAGUGAGUUCGGAAUAGGCGGCCAGGCAACAGCUGCAAAGAUAUCGGAGACUGGGGAUACAGCAUACAUUGUUUCAGGGCUGUCCCUUGUUGCAGUCUCUCUCAAAUCAAAGUCACCAACUUUUUUAUGGACUGAGGACAUGGAGCCUCAUUUUACCAAGGGGCUUAUUUCUGCAAAUAAGAGCUUUUUAUCUGGUCUUUUUUCAGGAACACAGAAGAACUUUCUCUUUCUCCCGCCGUGCCUCUCCUCGUGCGAGAAGUAUCUGGCUGUAGUGGCCAAGUCACAUAAUGAUAGCCAUUCGCAGAUCCUCAUCUUUAAUAUCUCUGACGGUGCACCGAGUCGGUAUGUGUGCUCCUACAACAUAGCUGGCGGGCUGAUCACCAUCCGUGCCCAGAGUGGGACAUCUGCGUUUUUCGGAAUAUCGUCUACACUCUUGGUCAUUGCGACUUUGGCUCACGAUACUUACGACUUCGGUCUAAAAGAGGUCAGUCAGAUCUUGCCUUCAGACUCAAAGCAGAAGGUAACGGCCACAGGGCUGGCUGUGAUGGGAACUACUCUGAUGCUGUCCCUUGACAACAGCUCUUCUGUUAUUUUGAGCACGAGAACACUAUCUAUUCUCAAGCGAAUUAACACAGAAGGCCAGCUGCACGAUGUUGCUGCAGCGUUCACUCUGAUUGAUCGAGUGGAACACGGAGCAUUCCUUCUCAUGUCAAUUCUCGGAAACUCUCGAACACCAGGUGCCUACACGUGUCUACUAUACGUGGUGAAGCGGCUACGACAAGGAGAUUCGUAUCAUUUUGUGGUAGGAAUGUUUUCGUUUCCCCUUAAGACCAAUAAGUAUUCAGUGGAUUUUCAACUGCUUUCUUACACGUACACCAGAGAUGGUCAAUUUUUAAAUAUCCUUUUCACAGGAUCAAAUACAAAUCCGUUUGCUGUCUCUGUCCCCACUGUGUUCCUCCACGGGGCACAGGAGACACCUGGCAUCCUCCCAAUCUUUUAUGAUGACCCUUCCAGAAUGGAUCCAAAUGUCAAGUGCGACAAGCUUGUGCUAUCUGCGCACAUUUCUCUCACAGAGCUUGCACAGGCCCCUAAGGCAGUAAGCGAAUUGGCAUCAUCCGUCGCUAUCUUUGAUCCCAUAUUCCUUGACAUGCUAAACUGCACAGAUGGCCCCAGUGGCUCAGCGACCCAAGCCCACACCAAUACCUCCAUGGCUGCACUGAAAGAUGACCAGCGGGUCAUUCGGAUAUCUGCGGUGUUAGUACUAUGUGAUAGCAUAGAGAAUACAUUGUUUUGCACAAAAAGUGCCCAUGCCGCGAGCAAGCUAGCAUCUCUGAACUAUCCCGGGGCGAUGAGCGUGGAAAAUUCUCAUGCAAUUCUCAUAGGAGCGCAAUGCCUCAAGGCUCCUGAAGAAGCCAAGCCAUCGACGAACAUAUAUGAGAAUAGUGAGUUCUACUCUAUCGCUGCCGUCUUUUCCUGUCUGCGCUAUAGCCAGCUGUACAUUGUUCUGGAGCGCGCCAUCAUGCGCAAGGAGCAUAGAGAACACAUCACCAAUGCCAAGCUGGCUCACGGAGCAAUAGGAGCUAUUCUUGGCACGGAUCCAGACUACGUAUUUGUAUUCAACAACAUACGUGUACUUAUUCAUGUGUGCAUUAUCAUCAUCAAAAACUCUUUAUAUCUGCUGAAUUGUCUUGCUAAAAAGUUGGACAGUAACGCUGAUACUGAGUAUGAGGCACUCGCAUACUUGAGUAAGUUUUUACAGCCAAUCACAUACGCGUCUGCGCGAAUUGUGGACACGCUUCUUAGAGUCCGGAAACUAGACGUUAGUCUGGGAGCGGAGGCAUCUACCAUCAGAAUUAUCGCUGAGACAGCAAGCAGUGCGCUGGGCAUGAUGCACUAUCUAACAAGCAUCCGGUCGUUCAUCAACGUGCCGUUCCCCCUAUCCAGAAACCACUCCCAGAAGUUCUCCAGGAUAGCAACAAUCUUGAAUUAUACGAAGACAAAGCACCUCGCCACCUGUGCGGAUGCCUCUACUGUAUAUGGGGGCGUGGACAGUACGGCCAUAAUUCCAACUGCAGCUCGUGAUGACGAUAAUGAAGUAUUUUUUAAUUGCACCGUCCACGCCUACUCCAUGAUGCUUCGUAGCCUUAGGAAGAGCGUGGCAGACGAGAGCAAGAGCCCCAACAUGCUAUACACACAUGAGUUUGGUUAUUAUACUGUCGAUGAGACAAUGAAGAGCAUAGAAGGAAACCCGUACAGGGAUAUACAGGAUUUUUCGUCUGUUUACGCAGCACAUAAUAUGGUGGGCAACACAGCAAUCUGGUCUCUUGUGCAGUUCUAUACUCAGCUCGUCUUGUCUGGGGAGAGGCCAGGGGUAGAUUAUAGAAAGCGGAGGCCCGGCUUUACGCGCAUGACAAUAGUGGACGCGUUAAAGGCUCUUCUACAAGAAGAUAUUAACUCGUCGACCUCUCACAGCAACAGCUUCUCCUUUGAGACAAUAGACCCUAGAACUGCUUUGCUGAAGGAGGCUGGGAUCCACGGGUGCAGGAUCUUCAUUGUGUACGCCCUACUUGUGAAUGGGGAAACGCCAAAGGCAUGUAUGGAUGCCUGCAUGUCGCUUUGCUUCAUGGGGACAGAUCUCAGGCCCUUUAUUCUCCAGGCUGCAAAAAUAAGUUGCGGUGGGGAUGACGGCGUGCUUGGAUACACAGACGAAAAGCACUCCAAGGCGGUGGAAUACUAUGCUCGCUGCAUCUAUCUAUCAGCCCGCAUUUUGUUUGCUGUCGAUAUGGGAUACUGCGGCCCUAUUGACCGGGAAAUCGAAGACGUUUCUUUGUCUGAAGACACAAUCUAUCUUAACCAACUGAUGCAGGUGCCUGGCGAGGGGGACUUCAUAGGUAUCCAGUUGCUCUCCUCGAGCAUGGCCUUGAGCGACACAACGCGGCGGAGUCUCAGGCUUCUGCUCUUCCAUGCAUUGAGCUACCUGCCCUACGCUGGAGCGAUUAGUACAGAUGCUGGGUUCUAUACAAUAAGCAGGGAUGACGUGGAAAAGAGCUCUAAGCAGUGGGCAGGAAGGCUCUGCCAUCUGUCGCUCCUCAAAGGGUUGAUCUCUCUUGCACGGCCACUGGCCUUCUCAUCCAUGGAGUACUCCGAUGGGCUCCACAAUACUCUGCUUUGGCCCGUGCAUCCAGGAGUAGCCAGGACUGAGCUAAUCAUGCGUUCGUGUAUCAUGUCCUCUGUGUUUAUUAGCCUCACAGAGCCCUCUCCUGGGAUUCAUAGUGCGGAGCACAAGCGCAUUGUCGAGACCUCUAUUAACCAGCAGAUGUCACGAGCGAUUUAUCAGUUGCGUAGAGACUUUAACGGAAUUGUUUCUAAUGACACCAGCUUCUGUAGUGAUCGCUGUCUAGGUCUGCGGCUUGCCUACAUAUUUUCAGAGUUAGCAACAAAUAAUUACCGGAUUGAAGAGUUUUAUGAUGAGCUUCAUCUUGUCUCUUCCUUAGGGAGUGAUGUGGAGCCAGAUAUGGCCAGAUCAGUGCUUCAAGAGACAAUGCGCAUCGUGGGGAGGUCCAACUGCCGACGCAGGUUUGAUAACAUGCCCUCUAACACUCUUGAUCUGGAGGAAUUGACAGUAGAUAGGGAGUCAGCUGCAAAUACCAGUCUUGGGCAGUCAUUACGGUGUCUCAAUGAGCUCGAAGAAACUACGGACAAAAGGAAGGCUACUCACGGAACAGUGCCAAUUUAUUGCAAGCUGAUCAAUUACUCUCCCAUCACCAAAGCAGAAGUCUCGGCCAUAACCGCCUUCUGUCUACAUCACGAUGAGUUCUACCCCUAUCUCCUGGCAUUUCUUAUAUCCCAUGAUACUAAAAAGGCGUUGCGGUUCUUACAAACACUGACCGUAAUCGACACUGAUAACAAGAAGAACCUUGACGGGCUUGUGUAUAGAAUUACUGAGUUGGAGGCCAAGAUUCCUUUUUGUCUCCGCCCAAUAAACGUGAACAACGAGGAAGUCCUCUCGCGAACGACCGGUCUCUCUCUAAGCAUGAGGUCGGGGACGCUGCUUGCAGCUUGCCAGUUUAGCCUGGAUCCGCAGGCUCACUUGCCUUACAAUCUAACCGAGGAGGCUAUUGCUGCAAACGAGCUCUACAGCACUAAGAAUCCGAUGAACAGAUCAUUUCUUACUUACACCCGCCUGGAAAGUCACGACCCAGACGAAGAUGAGUGUGGUCUGGGAGCCGCAGACGUUUUGUACAUACCAAAGUACGAAGAAAUCGAGAAGCAGCCUCUGGACGCAACACAGCCUCUUUUCUUGCUGAAGAGGGCUGGCAGAAGCAUGGGGCCUAUCCAGACGCGACAAUUUGGGGACGGGUACAAUAUGCAGCUACAAUCUGAUCAGCCCCAGGGUCACGCACCCAUCCAUGGUUCUGAGCCUUUGGGAUACCUAUUUACCGAGCAGCCUGUAGCACUGCCGCAGGCCCAGGUUCCGGCUAAGCAAUACAAUAAGGCUGUUGGGAUCCCGAUCAAGAGACCGCCCUUUAAAUCCGCACAGAGAGGAGUCUCUGUUGCGUCUGUGGCUAGACAACGGCCUCAGCCAGUCAACUCGUACAAUGCAGCAAACACCAUACAGAAUAACGCUCGGACACAUCCAGUACAGCUGCAAAAUCCCCCUCCUUGGCAAAAACCUCGCGCUUCCACCCCUGUCGAUACAAAAGUAAGCCCAGUGCCUCCUAAUCAGCCGCACAAUUGGAUGUUUCAGUCUCCAAUACAUGUUAAAUCUGCGGUAAAGCAGACCUCUAGAUUUGCAGCGGGGGCCGAACCUCAGCCCAAGAAGAGUGUCAACUUUUCCAACCAAAUGGAGGAGAUCCAGGAGGAUCUAAACACUAUCACUAUAGGAAAGGGGCCAAAGAGCUCUUUAGCCGCCCAAAUGAACACUGCUGGAAUGGUCCUGAUGAACUUCCCCGCGGAUAAGCGUGAAAAGGCAUGA